GAUAAACCAGGGAUGGCAUUGCAUCAGAAUCCAGGGACUGCAGAAAUCCUUGAAGCGGUCGUUGUUUAAAUAGACAGGUGUUGGCGUCACUUUCGCUGCAUAUUUGACUAUCCAGAAUUUAUUUAUAAAAUGUACACACCUAGGCAGAAAAGUUUUGGCAAGGGCUAUGUCCCCUCUCCGCAAACGCCGCUUAGCUUCAGCCGGGAGCUGCGCCAGGUGCUUCAGGAGAGGAAUCUCCUCACAGCUAAGUCGCGCAGGAAAGUUUGUUCUAUGUUGGACAGUAACAACAGCAGUCCCAUUGGUUCGCCAAAUCCAGAGUCUGGAAAGAGAAUUGGUUUUCGGUUACAGGCCAUCCAGGAGAUCAUCUCGUCGGAGAAAUCAUAUCUCGAGCAGCUGGACCUUCUUGUCAGUUUCUUUGUGCGGCCACUGAAGGAGCAGGCCAUCAUCGAUAGCUCCAACCACACUCUGCUCUUCGGUCAGAUCGAGAUGAUCUACAAUCUGAAUGGGGAGUUCCUAAAGGAGUUGGAGGCUAACAUGGAAAAUGUGGCACAAGCUUUCCUUAAAAUGGCUCCUUUUUUUAAGCUGUAUUCGGUGUAUGCGUUUGACUACCGUGGAGCCAUGUUAGCAAUACAGGAUCUAAUAAGCAAGAAUCCGGUGUUUAGGAAGUUUCUGGAGCAGACCGAGAGUCGUCCAGAAGUGCAGCGUAAGCUGAACUCGCUGAUGAUUGUCCCCAUUCAGCGUGUGCCCCGGUACAAGCUACUGCUAGAGCAGGUUCUGCUUUACACUAGCCCAGCGGAUUCGGACUACAAGCUGCUUAAGGAAUCUGUUAAGGAGAUUGAAGCCACAGCUACACAUAUCAAUACCUGCGUGGAGGAGCAAGAGAUCACUCAGUAUCUCAUUCACUUGCAAAACUCCUUGGUCAAUCGCACACCCAACAUUGUGAAGCCUUCACGGCGAGUAAUUAAGGAGGGAGUUCUGCAGAAGAUCACUCACAAGGGAACGGAGAUCAAGCGCUAUUGUGUACUCAUGUCCGACAUCUUCAUGUACUGUAAGAUGCUCAAGGAUCGGACCCCAAACACAGUGGUGGAGAACUCCUUGGAAUGUUGCUGCAUUUUCCCCCUAAAAAAGUGCAAAGUUUUUGAAAUGCUCCCGGGUAAUUUUAAGUUGACGUGCCAGAGCGAUGGGAUAAUAUUCGGUAGUGGGGAUGUCCAACUUUCUCGUACUUGGGUGGGCUUUAUACGAGAUGCCAUUGAUCUGCACGUUCAGUGCCGUAAGACUUUGCGCAAGGAUUCUAGCAAAAGGACUCCCAUACGUAAGAAGGACAUGAAGAAGUUCGGCACUGAUUAUAUACUGAGUCCCAACAAACGCAAAAGUGAUUAUGAGUCUGUUUUUCGCAAUAAGAAUCGCACUACAGAUUCAGAGGAGGAAGCUGAAGAACCCGCAUGCUUUUCGCGCAAGCGCAAGAUACCUAAUGCUCUUAGAAAGCCCCAGAAUUCAAGCUUAAAAUCAGCAAAAUUGGGCACUUCCUUGACUACUAAAAACGUGGCAAUUCCAAUACCCCCACCACCACCACCUCCUGCUGGUGUUCAAAUGCGUCACCAUUCCGAAAGACCAGUAGAGUCCAAGGAAAAUCGCAUAUCCAGACUAUACAAAAAGAUAGCCACCGGUGACAAGGACAGCCAUGUCCGGGGCAUCCUUAAGAGGAGCAACGGGCCAGCCAACAAUAACGAUCACGAUCCCAGCUAUGGCUUCGCUAGUCGCUACUCCGAUUCCAAGUCCUAUUUUAGGGCUCACAAUGUAGACAACACCAUACCCACAGUGGUGAGGCGAGAAGAUCUCUUCAACGGGGAGAACAUGUUUCCCGUAAACUUUCUGACUCCUGCUCAUCAGAGGAGCCAAGAGGAUCUUUGCUCACCCCCACAAAAAAAGAGAGUAAAGUUCGACGACGUGGGCCCAGUAUCUCCGGUUAUCGAGAAACCAAGGGGUUUCGUAAUGGCUGAAGCCCCCAAAACUAAUACUUUGCGCGACCGGAUCUAUGGUUUCUUUGCUAAUCUAUUCUAGAACUAGAUGACAUCAAUUCAAAUCGUAUAAAAUAAUCAUCGUUUACUCCAUUAUCAUCAUCGCUAAUAAAAACAUUAACAAUUUA